CGCGGCCGGAAGCGGAAGUGAGUGUGCUGGUAAUCAUGGUGCCGCCGGGGCGGGGAAGGAGGUGCCGCCGCUGCCGGGAGCUCGAUGAGUCGUUCCGGGCUGAGUGCGCGGUCUCGCAGUGAGAGGCGGUGAGCCAUGGGGGAGAACAGUCCCGACGGCAGCGCUAUCUACUAUGAAGCGGAGGAAGACGAUUUAACCCAAGAUGACAAUAUGAUGAGGUUCGCUGAUAAAAACGGGAUGGUUUCUUCAUCAUCUGGGACGGUCUACGACAGGACAACUGUUCUAAUAGAGCAGGACCACAGCGUGUUGGAAGAUGAUGAGGAUGAAGGACAAUGUGGUGAUCACUUGCCUUUUUUACCAGAGGGUCAUGAAGAAGGAUUUCAUUUAAUAGCAGAUCAUGAAGGAAUGUCCCAGGGUUAUGUGCAACAUAUUAUUUCUCCAGAUCAGAUUCACCUAACAAUAAAUCCUGGUUCAACUCCUAUGCCAAGAAAUAUCGAAGGAGCAACGCUCACUUUGCAGUCUGAAUGCCCAGAAACUAAGCUUAAAGAAGUUAAGAGAUACCAGUGCACCUUUGAGGGCUGCCCACGCACCUAUAGCACUGCCGGAAACCUGCGCACUCACCAAAAGACACAUCGUGGGGAAUACACGUUUGUCUGCAAUCAAGAAGGCUGUGGCAAGGCCUUUCUUACCUCCUACAGCCUCAAAAUCCACGUUCGAGUGCACACUAAGGAAAAGCCGUUUGAAUGUGAUGUGCAGGGCUGUGAAAAGGCAUUCAAUACACUGUACAGGUUGAAAGCACAUCAGAGGCUUCACACAGGGAAAACGUUUAACUGUGAAUCAGAAGGCUGCAGUAAAUACUUCACAACGCACAGUGACCUGAGGAAGCACAUUCGAACACACACAGGAGAAAAGCCAUUUCGGUGUGAGCAUGACGGCUGUGGAAAGGCUUUUGCUGCGAGCCACCACCUUAAAACACAUGUUAGGACACAUACUGGGGAGAAACCCUUCUUCUGUCCCAGUAACGGCUGUGAGAAGACUUUUAGUACACAGUAUAGUCUCAAGAGUCACAUGAAAGGUCAUGAGAAAGGACAUUCCUAUAAUGCACUUCCCAAUAACAAUGUGUCUGAGGAUACAAGCCACUCGCUUUGUCUGAGCGACUUAAGCCUCAUAUCAACAGAUUCAGAAUUGCGGGAGAACUCUAAUCCGACACACGGACAAGACCUUAGCACAAUCUCACCAGCAAGCAUCUUUGAGUCUAUGUUUCAGAGCCCAGAUCAUACUGCAAAUCAGGAUGACUCUCAGCAGACAGCUGCCUUGAUUGAAGGUUUUAAUGGCGAUGCAGACUCAGUCACUGCUGUUCCACCUUCUGCAGGAGACUCGGCGUCGUUGUCUCUUCCACUUGUACUGCAGCUUGGCAUCUCUGAGCCUUCGCAUUCAGCACUACAAGCCUCAGCAGCACCUGCUGCUCCCUCCUCCAUAGGAACCAGCUCACAGCAAGCUGCAUUUGGAAAUCCUGCAACUGUUUUACAAUCCCCAGAAGUGCCUGUUCCUCACAGCACACAGUUUGCGGCCAGUCACCAAGACUUCCUGCAGCACACUCAGACACCGCCACAGCCCAUCGUACAAGGACUUUCGGUGGUUGCUGGGGCAUCUGCCCCAACAGCAUCGAGUGCCACUGAGCCCCUGCCAGCUGUAGUUCAGACUGUGCCUGUUGGUGCGAACUCUGUUCUGACCAGUAAUCCGACUAUAACAAUUACUCCUUCUCAGAGCACCGCUAUUCUGCAGUCCAGCAUUGUCAUGGGAGAGCAAAACUUGCAAUGGAUCUUAAAUGGUGCCACUGGUUCUCCGCAAAGCCAAGAACAAAUGCCACAAGUUCCAAAAGUAGUAGAAAAGGUUUUUUUUACCACUGCAUUACCAGUAGCUGGCAACACAGGAAACGCUGUUCAGCAGAUUGGUCUCAGUGUUCCUGUCAUUAUUAUAAAGCAGGAGGAGGCCUGCCAGUGUCAGUGUGCCUGCCGAGACUCUGCCAAGGAUAAAGCCACCGUUAAGAAGGAAUGUUCCUCACCUGAUUCAAAAGCUUUGGAGCAGCCAGCUCCCCAGCUGCAGCCUCAGACCUUUCCUUCCUCUUCCCCUUCUCCUUCCUGUGGGCAGGGCAGUCAGAUAGUUAACCCUUCAGACUCGCAGACUGAAACGUUAAGUGCCAUGGAUGUAUCGGACUUUCUGUCCCUCCAAAGCCCUGAAACCCCAUCUAAUAUAAUUCCAAUCGAAGCACUACUGCAGGGUGAGGAAGAAAUUGGUUUGAAUAGCAGCUUCUCUAAGUGAAGAUGUUCCAGAUUUUCCUUUGCACCUGGAGGGUAAAACCCUUCUCCUUAGAAGCAGAAACUGAAGGAUCGAUUCUUUCUCCUUCCUCUUUGGAAGUUUUGUGGCUUAUUUCUGCUUCACAGAUGUCAUCUUAGUCACGUCCCAGGUACAUCCGUCUUUGAGAAUCUAUCUAAAAAAAGAAAAGGAAAAAAAAAAAGAAAAAGCUAAGUUAUAUAUGAACUGUUUUGGCUGCACUGUCUGUCACUUUUGCUUGUCAUAUGUGAACACAGAAGUUAAGGUUACUCGUGUGCAAAAAGAUUUUAAAAAGAAAAAGGGGGGGUUAGUUUGUCUCCAAUUGCACAUCACUUAUGUUUGGGAUUAAGGUACUGGCAGCGAGUGGGUCUUUGUUACAGCUCCUUGGGUCUAUAAUUUUCCUCUGUCUCUUACGUCUGAUACUAACCAUGCACUAUAGGGGGAGCCCAGGAAAGGAUUUGCUGUAGUAGAAAAUGGCAUUAUUGUAGAAGAUGAUUUAUCCACAAUUUUAUUGGAAUGUGAUUGUCACAUCACUGAGUUGGGAGCUGAUGCCUGGGUUUGCUUUGUGGCAACGCUGUUACUAAAGCCUAUGGAAACUUUGUGGAAUUUAUUUCAGUCGAGCGCAAGCACCUUGUGCUCCUGAUAGAUCUGUUCAUUUAAUUUCAUUAGGACUUACAAGUGUGGUGGCAGACACACUGUUUCACAACGUGGGAACACAAUGGGAGCCCCUGCUUACUCGGGGUCGAGUCAGGUUUUUUUUUGCCUCUCUCUGAAGGCCGCGGGGGGUCCCAGGAGUAGUCAGAGUGGUGCCUCUUGCUCUUUUGAUUUAUUUGGCUCUGUUCAGAAACAAGUCAUCCUCUUAACCCCCGCGACUGUUUAAUCAGGAGCAUGGUGCCUUUGCUGGUUACUCUCAUCUUCUGUCAAGAACAACUCCUAGGAAAAUAUUCAGAAUGAUUCAACAUAAAUUCAGUUUGAAUUCAGUGAGUCUGUCCUUCAGCUGUCCCUAAACGCUUCCUUUUUUUUUUUUUUUUCUGUUAAGCUACAUAAUUUCUGCCUGAAUCUGCCUCCAACCUACUGCAAUGCCAGCUUUUUGUGCACGGGGCUAUUUCUUGACUAAAAGAUGUUACACAACAUAGUAGUUUUUCAUAUCAAACUGAAAGUCUAUAUUCUAACCUACUCAGGGUAAAUAAAACACAAACCCCCCUUCCACCAAAAAGCCUGUAAUGUUGCAAUAAAUGCAGUCUCAUUCUAAAUAGUUUAUUUAUGCUGCAUUGUUUUAAAAAAUGUAAUUUUAUAGUGUUUUAUCCAUCUUUCUGGCUUUGGCUGUCAGUCUUUUUGUGUUAAAGGAAAGAAUAUUAAAUAGUCUUUAUUCGGCUUACAGCGUUGUCAUUAGCGAGAUACAAAGAUAAUGACUGUAAGCCAAUUAACGUGGAGUGUCUCUGCGCACUAAAUUUAGGAAUGCAAGCUCCUAGUGGAUAGAGAUCUUUCCCUCUGAUCAAAGCUGCUCUCUGUACCUGCUGGGGGAGGAUCAUAGGAGUGCAGCCAGACCUUGGGAUACGGAUGGUUAGCAGGUUUAUAGCCCUCUUGUGACAUGCUCUGUGUAGCCUUACCAACACCGCUGUCACAGUCUUCCUGGGACAGUGGCGUCAGCGAUCUCGUGUGUGCGAUCCCCUUGCGAAUCCUCUGCCAAGCACGGAGGGAGUCGGGCUGGAGGGAACUGGCGCUUCGCGCCUCUGACAACUUGCUUCCAGUCGUUAAGUGCAGGAGGGAAAACUGUGUCCCGUUAGGGAGGAGAGGCUGUGCAAAGAAUGCUUUUUGCCUGUCAAGCGUUGUCUGACUCUGCCAGGGCAGAGUGCUCUCUUUUUUUGGUAAUUGCAGUGAUGAGCUUGGGGGCACCAGCUGAAUGGGAAACACUAAUUGUGUCUCCCCUCUGCGCGUGUUGGUGUGUGUUGCAGUGCUGUGGCAGCGGGGAUGUGGGUCCUGCGGCAAUAAGGUUUGCAUCCGUGAAACACGGAUUAACAAGGUGUUUUCCUUUUUGUUCUUGUAGCAGGAAUCCCUCGAGGGCAGUGAGAUGGUGGCCUCCUUUGUUUUUCUCCUAUAGCUUCAUCUGGUGAUAGAGUUUGGUGUCACGGCAGCAAGAACUGCUUUGAACACACAAGAAAUAGUCUCAGGCCUGCGUGGCUGGGACUGUCCUCCCAGGGAUGCGUCUCCUGCCAGCUCUCCUGCGUAGAGCUCCACUUCCGAGGAGGGCAGGCAGCGCCUGGAGCUGCUGGGGGGGGUCCUGGGCACGGGCGCUGCGAGGGGCGCCUCUGCGUGGUGUGGCUGUGGUGUUUGAGGGUGAGUGGAUGUGUGUGUGUGCGCGCGUGUGUGAGACUGCUGAUGCGGAUUCCUCUGGAGUUGUGGGGUUUUCUCUGAUGGGGACAAGGGUACCAGAUGUGGCCUGAAAUGUGACAGCUGGGGGACGUAGCAACCUCUUCCGAGUCUUUCCAUCCUUCAGGGAAGCGUUUUUCCAUGCUACAUUUGCUACUCGUAAUUUAGUCCACCUAAAACACGCUUGUAGCAUCUUCAGAAACUGCUUUGUGGCAGAAACGAGUAGAAGAAUCUACCAAAGGCUUUGAGACGGGAAGCUAAUUUGAAGUGUGGUGACUGGCUGCACGUGUCCUUCCCGAGCGAGCGGGUGUCGGAGUUUAACUCUGCUGCUUUCUCUUCACAGCUGCUGUCCUCUGUUGGUGUGUGCUGGGAAAAGCAACGUGUUCCAAGUUUACGCUGACUUUUAGGUGCAUUGAGUUUGCUGUUACCCUCUUGUUAUGUGCAUCAGGCAGGCUGCGAUUUAGGUGAAACUAAUUAGGGUGUGUAAUGAGGCAAGAGCAGCGUGAUUCUGUGAGCGCCUGCAUCCCACCUGGUCGCGUUGUACAGAUGUGUGCUUUCGUUGUUUAAUUGUUGGUCUGCUUUCCCGCGUGUUCCGUGCUGCAUGUAUCUGAUCGGUUUUGCAGUGGACAUGUGUGUGAUCCCAGUGCUGUGCGAUCGAACGCUGCCCUGACAGGGGGUCAGUAACGCGCUCGGAUGGGAGGGGACCCGCGAGCAGCUGGCAAGAGAGGGCGGUCGCAGCAAAGCCCUGAGGUUCCUCGGUGCCAGAGAAUUUUCUGCCCUUCUCCCCUUGUUGCCCCAGCAUUUAGCAUAUUCACAAUAACAUUUUUAAUAAAGGGAGGAGUUUCUACCACUGUAGAUUUGGUAAGACAUUGGAUUCCCAGAAAGGGGUAUGUUUUCUGUUAAUACGCUGGAGCCCCCGAGAACAGCGUGCCCUCCCCUUACAAAAUCUUCAUUUCACAAACCCCUUUAAUUAUCAGUCAAAGAGCAAAACUGCACGGCUCCGGGUUGUUCUGUGUUAAAGGUUUUGCUGUUUUGUGUCUUUUGGGGAUUUACUUGGUUACUUACACUUUCUAGAUGGGUGCCGAAGCUUAAACGUGUAGAAUGGGUCUAAUUACCAACGUGAGUAGCUCUAGUCGCCAAGCAGUGACCCAAGCAAGCAGACUUGGCGUGCAGCUGAAGGCUGGAGAAGUCGCUUUUCAUGCGUGUAGGUGGUGGAGGGAUGGAAAAAUCAGCACUGUUUAAAUGCUGGUACUGAAUUAUAUAGAACAAAGUACGAAUUGGGCACUUCUGUAAUGCUGACUGUGUCCAGGAAGACUAGUUCGCAGAACCUCAUACUGGUAUCUAAAAUGCACUUUAGGUUAUUUUAUCUUUAACCCAAUUGCUGCAAUUUCUUUUGUAUAUACUUUCACAAAGUUUAUUUUUGCUCUGAGUAAAAGUUAACAGGGGUGUGCAAAGAUGAGCACUUAACUUGGUGCAAUACUUGUAGCUAAAGAUCAUUGUCCCGCGUGGUCAGUCUGUCUGUGUCUGUCUAACCGAAUCUCCGUAGUAACUAGCUCCGUGACAUACUGCCCUUCCCUGUCUGUGCCCAAGAGAAAUUAUGCAUCAUUAGCAAAGUCCAAUCUAUGCAAAUAUUCCACUGAGAGCACUGUGCUUUCGCAGGCCUUUUCUCUCACGCUUUCUGGUGGGCUGCUUGUCACUUCUGUCGGACACAACUGUGUUGUUGGCGUAUAUUCUUUCUCCCUCGUCCUCCGCUCUGUUCUGCCACGCGAGUACGAACAGAAGUGACAAGCUGGUCUGAAACGGGCAUGUUGCACCUUUUAAAAUUUGUCUUGGCAAUUGUUUUUGAUGUCAUGUUACCUGCCUUACUUCAUGGAGGAUGGCGCUUCUGCAGCCAUCCACGAUAAUUGUUUUUGCAACUGCAGCAACGUCGUUAAACUGUUUACAGUACUCUUCCUGCACCGAUUAUAAACAGGGCUCGGAGAAGGAGCUGCUGACUGGCCUGUUGGUUGUGGAGCUGCUGGGGGAGAGGAGUUGAGGUGAAAUUGCCCUUGGAAUUGACUGGAGAUGAAAAGCUGUUCCUGAUUCCGGGGGGGGGCACGGCUGGCAGCCGCGUGCGGGAUGUGGAGCAGCCGGAUCUCGGUGUCGCGGUCUCUGUUGUGCCGCUGGCUGGCUGCGAGACCUUGGGCGAGUCGCUCGCCCUGCCCCUGCCUCCCGUCCCUCCCUCCGAAAUCAGGAGCACGAGAACUUGUGUUUGUCAAAUGCUUUGAGAUCUACAGGUGAAAAGUCCUUGGCAUGAGCGAUCUGAGCUAGCUGGGCAGAACUGGUAGAGUCAAUUUGGACUAUAAGGAAAAAAAAAUAAUAAAAAAAAAACAAACAAAAAAGAAGAAAGCGUGUCUUUAAUAAACCCUACAAAUUUCUGAUUGCAUAGUUUUUAAUUGGUACACUAUUUUUUCCGUAACAUAUUUUGGAAACAAUGUCAAGUUUUUAUAAAUGUUACCUGUAGUUGAUACUCAUGGACAGGGCUGAACUUUUAACUUUUUUGCGUCUUGUCUUGAUAGAGAUCAUAUGUUCUAGAAGUUGGAUUCUGUGUCUGCACUGAGAAAUGCAAAUUAAACUGGAUAUUUAUGUAGUAGCGUACGUAGUCUGAGUGUGUGUGUUCUUGGAACUAGUUUAAAAAUCCCACACCAUGCUUUUGAUGGUGUGCAAGCUGGCCAAAAUUUGGUUUGUUAUGCAGUGUACACUUUCUCAAAUAAAUGCAGUUUCUACUUUUUUCUUACAAGAAAUUUUUUUCAUAUGAUCUUUUUCAGCAAAAUCAAGGGUAUGUUUUUGCAGUACCGUAGUUACAGUAGCUGGUAUUUCUUGCUGUGUAGCUUUGUGUCCUUCCACUUGCUUACUGAACCGGAGCUGGCUGUCUGACCCUUGUUCUGGAGAGUUGUAGUUGCAGCCCCAUCUCACCCAGCCCGGCACCGGCGCCCAGGGCUGCGCGGACCUCGGGUCCGGCUCCUCCCGAAGCCGCCUUCAGCAUCGCCGUCCGCCCGGCAGCUCUGGGAGAACCGCAGUCUGGCUGCUUCCUGCUUUUGUUUCGUUCGGCACGUGUGGGGAGCUGGGCGCUGGUCUUGGAGAUGACGAAAUAAAAGAAAACCCCAGUUUUUCAAGAAUGUGUGUAUGGUGUUAAAAGGAAUUUAUUUAACUAUGAAACACGGGAACAAAUGUGCUUACAUUGAGCAAUGUGAAGAUGUUAGUUACAGGUACAGUACUUCCAAAGGAAGAGCAUCUCCAAAACCCAAAAAAGAGUAAAAUAUGAAUUUGUAUUUUUUGAAGAAUGUAAAAUGUGAAAUAAUGGUGUUUGCUUAAUUGCUCAUUUUGUAUGAAGUUAAUAUUGUACUUUGAAAUAUCUGCAAAGAAGUGGAAAUUAACUUUUUUGGAAUUGAAAGCAAUAUUAAUACUAAUGGAAUCCUAAUUAAAUGCUUAUUUAAACAUUGUGUUAUAAUA